UGACAGCUAGUGUCAAGGCUGAAAUUGAGAAUCAGACAGAAGAGAAAAGAAGCUUCCAUCCAUUCUAAAAAGAAAUAUUUUUGUGUAAAACUGGAUGGAUAGAUUUGUAAUUUAAUUUUUAGCUAGAUAUAAUCUAUUUUUUAAUAGUUAGUCUGAACAUAAUAAUCAUUCUGGAUUCCCAAAAGAGGACUUAUUUGGACAUCUACAAGAUGGAUUUGGCGGAGACCAUGAAGAGUGUGUUGGCAAAGAGUACAGGCGGCUCUAGUAGUGCGGCAGGCACAUCCGGCUCGUCGACACCACACGGCGCUGAGGGAUAUGUCACCGAAAAAUUGUAUAUGUUAUUACAACUCUAUCUGCAAAAUAAGGGUUGGAGUCCCAGUAUAGAACUUCUACAGUGUUUCAGUGACCUCAAAGAGUCCUCAAUGCUUCCCAGUGCAGCUUAUUUACAAAUGAUGGCAUCACGAGUAGGUUUAGACACUCAAGGAAGACUGAUACUUCGAGAGAAUGGCAAGAUAAUAUUACCAUAUGAGCAUUUUGCUAAUGCAGUUAUGUUGAAACAUAUGAAUGGACCUCAUGGUCUUCACCUGGGUUUAGAAGCCACAGUUAGAGCAGUUGUAGAAUCAUAUACAAUAGGAAGGGAGCAGUUUGGCAUGGAGAAGGAGUUUAUAGUGGAAGUGGUACAAAACUGUCCCAACCCUGCUUGUCGUUAUUACAAAAACCAGUUGGAAAUGACACAAAAAACCAUUCAACAGCAUCUAUCUCAGCAGCCUACAUAUAUUCCAGAUGCUGGUGCUUCCAACCUGUCUGACAGUCAGGCUGUGGAGCGUCUGCUCAGGGGUACAGCUUUAGCACAAGACUAUCAGUUGCCGAUUGCACCACACCUAGCUGCUCUUACUAGUUUGACAGGAGAGAAAACAGAGCGUCGUGCACAAGACAAAUUGACGCAACACCAGCAGAUGUUACUGCAGCACCAGAAUAGGUCUCUGGGCCACCAAUCAUCAAUGGACAAGUACAGUCAUUCUCAGCAACGCUCUUCCAGUUCAUCGCAGUCUACCAUUGAUUCAAAAUCAAAACAUCAUUAUACUGAUGAGCAUAAACUCACUGAUUUCUUGAGGGCGAAUUUGGAGAGUUUAGAAUCGUUAUCGGGCGCCGGCAGCGCUAGCAGCGGGCUACACAGCGAGCGGAGCGGGGCGGGCGGGGCGACGAGCGCGAGCGGCGCGGGCGGUGGCGGCGGCGGCGGCGCGGGCGGCCAGGAGCGCGUGGUUCGCGCGUUUGCCGAGCUCGCGCGCAACCUGCAGCGCAUGCGGCCCUGCGUGCGCCCCGCCAUGUGCAAGCCCUACGGCAAGCAGAGUGAGCAGUUGCAGAAGAUUUUACUGGAUACUAUUCAGUUGGUGCAGUCGCUCCGUAGUUACUUGCCGCCACCGCACAUUCAGGUCACGUCGUGGAAGAAUGACGAUAAACUUCGUGAAUAGAGUAAGUAUAGAGAAUAAACAAAGGUAGCUGUAUCACACCAAUCUGUUAUUUGCAACGCACCAAUAAACAAUUCUAUUGACACAAAAUGUUUUGAAGUUCGAACAACAUGGAGGAACUGGAGAGUCGCAAGAUCGUGAGCGGCAACUAGCCCCCGGACUGCGCCCGUUCGCUUCUCUUUCUCAUACCGCUGAUGCUGCUGAUCUCACAUCGUCGCCAGCUCUUCUCCGCGCCACGUAUACAUUCGGUAUAUGUUUAAUUUUAGAUGUUGUUACUCAUUAUACAGAUGAAAUCGAAAUCACUAGUAUACCUUUAAACUUUUUUAUCCUUCGAGCCGGAUUUAUUCGACAAAGAUUGUCAGACUCGUAACGCCCAUGUCAGAUGUAUUCAAUACCAAGAGCAGACUUUUGUAUAUAAUAAAAUAGAAUACACAAUAAAAGUUUAUAUUUUAAAUUUACUUUUUACAAAAUAAUUAAAAAAAAGCUAGUACAAUGCAAAAAUUACCAUUUGACUCGGGUGUUCAGAGCUAUAACAUUUUUUACAAAGAAAAAUAGUUAAAAUAUUAAGGGAUUAUUCUAUCAGGAAAACUAAUGUUAUUUUUUCAAAGAAAUAUGACUUGAAAAAAACCAAGAAUUUAUGUCUCCCAUAAUAACAGCGCUGUCCAAUUAGGACGCAUCCAGUGUUUUCACGUUUUUUGGUAAAAAAUGUUUAGGAAUGUUUGACCAGUAAAAUAUUCUUUUAAAUGUAUACUAAUGAUGUUGAUUCAACCCAUACAGUGUGUAACAGAAAGUGGUGUGGGAUUUACAUGUUUGCAUUUAUUAAGAUUUCAAGCUUUCGGAUGUCGAAUCAAAUACCGUGUCCACACGUGUGGUGCUAUUGGGCGCAUGUUGGCGAUUGCAAAUCGUUUAAUUUCUUUAUAACAAUUCGAAAAUCAGCAGUAGUAUUUGGUCAAGUGAUUAGCUAUUCUAACCAUAAUUGCCCAUAUUAUGAAAUUUUUGAUCAUCGACAAACCGUUUACAUGAUCGAUUUAUAUGAUAGCUCCAAAAAAUAUUUUCUUAUUUGGACUAUGCUCUUAGAAUAUGUAAAUUCAGUUUUAAAAAUACUGUCGAUUUUGUUCAGUUUCGGAUUGUUAUAUUUUUUUUAUUUCCAUCCAUACGCAAAAAAAAUUUUUUUUAUUGGAUACUUCUAUCAUUUAUUUCUAUCAACCAAGAUGGUUGAUGAUGCAUUUUCGAUUAAUAAUUUUGAUGCAUUUUUUAUUAAUCAUUUUAUAACAUUGAUCAAUGAACAUUUAAUUAUUUUUAUUUAAACUUAUUGACUUUUUGUACUACUUUUUAAUAUCUUUAUAUACAUUUUCAUCUAUAUACACUUUUGUAUUUUAAAGAUUGCGAUUAAUUGCAAUGUGAAAUUCGUGGCGGGGUAUUUAUUGCUGUAGAAAUACGUACAUAAUAUUAAAUUGGACAGUGAUGCUAUUGUAACAUCCUAAUGGUGGUGUAUAUAUGUUUAAGUAUUUAGCACAAAUGAGUGUGCAUCUUUUACAAUGUUCCCUCUGGCAUUUUGUUUUUUUUUUUUUAUUUACAAAUUUUGUUAUUUUAUUUGUUGGUGUUUGUUGUAUCUUUACACAUUACUGUUUUGUCAUAACUGGGUUUUUCAAUAUAUGCCUUAUUUACUUUGUUACAGUUCGUACGUUUCUCUUAUUGCUUUUGUAGUUAAAUAAUUUAGUAUAUAAGAUUUUGAACAGUUAUUACAAUUUUAUGAUUCGUCCUAGUUAAUACAAUACGUUUAAUUUCAGUUUAUUGUCGUAAGUGCAUUAUUUACACUGUGAUAGAAGUGUAAUAGGUGUAGGCCUGAGCGAAGUCUUGACAUGAAUGUAAAAUAGGUGCAUAAAUUAUUUAGUAGUGGAGUCGCGUUACACGUUUGAACCUAGUAUAUCAUUGAAUAUGUCUCUUGUAAAUACAUUUGUUGAUAAAUAACAACAGAUUUUAUUCAUAAAAUGCAUAAAGCAUUCAACACAAAUGAUGCGUCUCAUAAGCUGUUCCCACCAAGAUUUACAAAUUGUACAGUUAGCAAAUUUUUAUGGGUGUUUUAUAUAUUGAUCAAUCUCGAAUUCUUCUUUUUUAAAAGGACAAUUUUGUAAGAGGUGUAGAUUACACAGUUUUUUUGCCAUUGUCAUAGAUUAGAAUCCAUUUAGACAAUUUUAGAGAUAGAGUUAAGACGUCUCAGUAUCGGCCCCAGUGUGUAUAUCGUAUCCAGUGUUGACUGUUUCAAGCAUAAAAGUGAAUCACAUGGGAAUAUUUAAUGAUGUCGCAAUGGUCAUUGGCCACUGUAUUAGGUAUUUGAAAUGUACGCAAUUAAUCAACUUUUAUCGCCACAUCUUGUCUUGAACCAUAGGGAGGUUAGUAUCUUAUCGAAGACUGCAAAUUUUUUCACGUCGUCUUAGCUAAUAUUGCCUGUGGAUGUAUUAAAUUAGGCUUGGUAAGUUGUAUUAAGGAAGCUCUCUGCACAUUGAGAUAUUCGUACGUAAUGUAUCUAUUAAUUCGUCUUCGCACAAAAAUAAAAUUUGCCAGUACUGAAUUUUUGUAUUGCAAUUAUGUAAAUAUUCACGAUUAUUCCAAUGUGCAGAGUAUGAUGUAAAGAUUCUCUUGUCGAAUCGUUAUUAUGUGACAACUAGGUAGGUAACAACCUCAAUGUUUUUUUUUUAAUAAAAUUGUGGGCAUUAAUUUUAAGGUUUCCGUUGAUUUAUUUAAGUAUUUAUUCAAAUUCAGUCGUCAUAUAAUAACAUUGCGAUAAAACAAGUUUGAUCGUUAUUACGAUUGUAAUGUCUCGUCCCAAAAUAUAUACAUGUAAUGAUUACAAUAGUGCUGCAGACAGUGCAGUGAUCGCUCCAAAGGCAUUUUAGAAUUCUUUAAUUAUAUUGUAAAUAAUUUUAAGCACGUUGGUUUAUUAAACUACAGUCGGAUUCAUACAUGUAUUAUCAGAAAUUUUAAAAAUUUUAUCUACAUUAUCCUAUUAUCUUUACUAAUAAACUUGGUCACCCCAUAUGUUGGUGAAAUGAUUUUGAGCUAUCUAUUCAUUGACAGCAACUUAACUUUGUGAGGUUUUUGCAGGAAAUUAAUUACUGGUUAUUUGAUUAGAGUUAUUUUUUGAAACCAAGUUAUUUUUUGGAACCAGAAGUUUUGGAUCUUCUGGUUGUAAUAGUGGUAGUUACUUCCAUAUUAGCUAUCAAUCUCCGGCUGUUAUUUUGUUCUCGCACUUUUUGCGUCACGCCUGUCAUCUCUAAACGAGGUAUCUUCAGGCAAAUUAUUAGAUUGCUUUUCGGAGCUUAGUGUUAACCGUUUAAUUUUGCAAAUUUUCGCAGCUUCGUCACACAUAUACUAAUGGUAGCAAAAUUAAACAAAAUAAUUCUAAUUAAAUAACCAGUGAAAUGGACUUUCGCAAGAAAACAUCUAGUGCAGUAAAAUAUUUAGUAAAUAAAUUAAUAAGAAAAUCACUAUAUGAAGAAUGACCUCACAAAGUAUUAAUAAUAGAAUAAUACGUUAUAUGAUUAUUGAAUAUAUAUAUAUAUAUAUAUAUUUAUGAAGAUUAAAUUAUUAUAUUUGUCAAUUAAUAUUGAUAUAUUUGAAAAUUUACCAUUUACGUUUUUGUCACGCAUUGAGAUAUUUUUAAGAGUAUAUACGGCUAUAUAAUGAAUACAUUUCUCGAAUGACUUAACUCAGUAUUAUUAAAAUAUAAACUAUUAUAUAGUGCAAUCAAUGUAUAUCUGUCUGUAGGGACGAAACAUGAUAAUCGUACUGCGAAUACAAAUCGCUAUAAAUAUCCAAAAUAUCACUUUGGAAUAAUAAACUACAUAUGUAAGUGCAAUAAUUAGGCAAAGCCUACUUUAAAUUAUUUUUUUUUGUAUCUUAGUACUAUAAUUCUAAAUUAUGAUAUAAAAUUAUAAUCGCAUCGCGCGGAGGGCGUGUUAGGUUGUAUUAGGUAUUCUGACUGUGUUGUGGAUUUUGACUUGUUUGGAUUGUUGUAUAAGAAACAUCAUAUUCUGUUCGACUAUUGUCAAGUAACGUUAAGAUCAUGUGAGCAGCUUAUUGUUUAAUGCAUUAUAUCUUAACUUAUAAGACAUGUAUUUGGUAUCGGUAGACAUUAUAGUGUUCUCUUGCUAUCACAGUAUGAACAGUAUCCAAAUAAUGAUACGAGGCUAUUUAUGUUUUCAUAAAAAAUAACAAUACACAUAGUGUUAAGUUCAUGAACUGUCAAUAAUUUACACUCGACAAAGUAUUAUAAAUUUCCUAAAAGAAUCUCUCUGUAUUAGAAUAAGCUUUCUAGUCAAAAAUGGAUUUGCUAUGUUUUUGUUUUAUGAUCGGAAACUAUUUUUUAAAUAUUGAUUGACGUACAAUUCAUAAGCAUUCACAUAAAUUGAAUUAUUUUCUAAAAUGAUCUCAAAAUUACAAGAUGCUUAAUUUGUGGUUAAUUACAAAACAGCUGACCUCGAAAUAUUGAAAGCGCAAUCUUUUUUAUUAAGUAUCUACAAUCUUUUUAAUCAGUUGUUUAUUAUUUCACCUUUGUUUCCUUAUUGUAGCGAGUAGUGGUAUAUUAUAAUAAAAAUAAAUAUAUAAAUAGCGAAAGCUACACUAAAGAGCAUGUUUUGCUUUGUCAUAAAAUAAAUAUAUUUUGAUAACAUGCUGAAUAAUUCUAUGUAGCCUUUCAUUUCGUCUAUUUUAUCAAUAUUUCUUGGAAAAGUAGACGAAAAACAUGUAUUUUUUGGUAUCAUCUAAAACACUAGGUUGUACAAUAAUUGAAAAGUGUAUUGAUUAAAAAAUGUUGGCCUUGCCAUGUAACUUAUUUGCCGAAAUUAUUAUAUAUAUAUUUAUAAUUAUCAUUUGAAUUUGUAAAAGUGGUAAUAUAGUAAAUCGAGGAAGCAGUGCUUAGAAAUAAAUAUAUAAUUCAAUA